UUGAAUUCACGUGUUUAUUUAUUGAAAAUUUAUAGAAUUCAGUAGCCGGAAACGGCACAUUUGCGUGAAGACUUACAAGAAUAAUCUUUAUAGGCAUGGUGUGCACAUUUGACCCACAGAAAAGAUUUCGAAAGCUGCUUGAUUUCCCUUGCAACACUGAUUGGGCCGAGACAACCAGCGAUUGGACUGACUGUAGAAAACGAAAGAUCGUUUCAAAGAAAGAUAAACCUCCUAAAUGUGUGGCCCCUCGGAAAACUACAAAACAGAGGCAUCAAGACAUAAACAAGCCCAGGAAACCGUUAUACCUGAAAGCUUUAGAAUCAAGAUCAGCCGGUCCGGGUCGCGUAACCAAAAAACCUACUAUAAAUCCACUAGACACCAAUAGAGAAGCAGUCAAGUGUAAAGUGGUCAGUUUUCAUGGGAUGGGCGCCAAGUUUUGUGUAUCUGGGAACAUGAGAGUUCAGUCUGUUCCCAAUGUUAAUGAUCAGUGGUCCGUUGAUGAUGGUGCAUUGAUGACUGAUCGAUCAAAUCUUAGCUUAGGUUCUACAAUAAAUCUCGACAGUGGCCAUAAACACAGCAGGUUCCAAAAAGAACAGAUAAUACUGCAACUGCACGACCGCUCAGCCAGUUUAAUAAAAUACCUCUUUAACUCGGGCAACACUUCACGAUCAAAGGACCUGCGUAUUGAGGAUAUUUCUCUUCCUAUCAGAGAACGGCCAGUACCACAACACGAAGUACAAAAGAAAAAGCACGUUAUUUUGAACCCUAAGGAUCCGGAGAGAUUUGGGGAGGACUAUCUCGGAACACUGUUACCUGACUCUAACCGACCUUUAGGUUAUGGUCUAUUAGGAUCUCCUACGAGUAGAAUCAAACUGAGUCGCAAGACUUUAGAGUUCCCAGGACUUGGGGACUACUCCGACUCUAAUUUCGUGCUGCCCCCCGUCAACAAUUCUCAUCCUAUCAGAACUUCUAUCGACAUCAAGCCGGACUCCUACAUCAACUCCGUAUCUCAACUCAUGGGGAUGCUCUGUAUAGAACCCACCAACAACAAUUUACCUCAGCACUCAAUUCAACAAUGGCUAGAAUCAUGAGGGUAACUGGUUACCAGGUUACCAGGUUACCAGGUUACCAGGUUACCUACAAUCUACCUCAGCACUCAAUACAAAAGUGGCUAGAAUCAUGAGGGUAACUGGACGAUAAGAGUUUAAUUUUAAUACCUGAGUCCUGAGAUGAGAGUGCUUUUGGAGUUUAUCUCGUCAUGGUUACGUCAUGGUUACGUCAUGGUUACGUCAUGGUUACGUCAUGGUUACGUCAUGGUUACGUCAUAACUACUGUACGGUUGUUAGUAUUGUCUGGUAAUUCGGAGUUUUAAAUUAUUGGGCCAGGAUUAGCAAUUAGAAUUUACUUGAUAUACCAUUUUAAUAUCUUUUUACUGCAUCAAAAUUUGUAAAUAGCUGUAGAUACUAAUAUUAUGUAACAUUUUAUACUGAUUAUUAAACGAUAUAUUAUGCUUUUUUUAUUAUUUAAGAUUUUUGAUCUGUACUAGAAAUCCAGCUAGAAAUCCCAGGUUUAUUUUUGACUCGAAUGGUACAUAAUAAUGAGAUGUGAUAAUUAUAUGUAUACCCCUAGAAUGAAGUGAUAUGAAGUGAAAUUGAUACCGAGUUAGCUCUUAAGUGUCUUAACAUCGCCAUUUUAUGGAUUUUUUUCAGUCGAGAAGAGCAGAAAAAUUAUUGUUUUCGAUCAAUUUUCUAGUUGCCUACUAGGUUUUUUACAUUGUUAACAAACAAUUAGCAUUUGAGAAUAUAAUCGAUUUAUAUUUGUAAAUAUAUCAACAUUUCUUCAUUAUUUUUAGUUA